GACUAGGCAGAAAUACAGAGUUUGGGGGAUUUCCAAGUCCGAACAUUGAAAAGCUGGAAAGAGAAAAGUCAAUGUCUUCCUCGUACAUGUCGUGGAGAUCAUCUGCAACUAACAGGAGACCAACUCAACUCACUUCCACUCCCAAAAAUCCAGGACCCAUCCAUCCGGACCCGAAUCCCAGACCCGUUCUUCACUUUCUCGCCUUCGGGCUCAUCAUCUUCCUCGGACUCCUUCAAUUCUUGCCGGCUACUCAUUUCCGUGACCCCUCCGACCCUCUCAGAAACUGGAUCGCUUUUAGCUCCCACGUCUCUUCUCCUCCCGCCGUCAAACUCGGCGUUGAUGAAGAUGACGGCAUGAUACACAUCGUUUCGUGGAUGCAAUGUUUGGACCUUAAAGUGCUGGCUGUCUUUACGAACUCAACUCUUUCGAGUUCAAGAUCUCCGGACUUGCUUCACUUUCAUUUCUUUACACCACAAGGGGACAAAGACAGAGUUUCAUUUUAUAAGCUGAAAGUUCUAUUUCCACAUUCAAACAUUGAACUUCAUGGGCAAGAGGAAGUGAAAGAAGCAAUUAAGAGGGCUUCUUCUGGAGUAGAACAUGACAGUCUCAAUCUCGAGGAAAUAACACCUUUCAUUAUACCAAGUGUUCAUCAGUCCCUAAGAAAAUUCAUAUAUGUUUCCCCCAAUCUAAUUCUGUUGGGAAGAAUAGAAGAACUAACUGGAAUUGUCUUAACCGCCCAUGGCGUUGCAGCCGCUGAGGACUGCUCUACAAGGCUAAACAGCUACGUUAACUCGGAUGUUUUGGAUGCUAUUCAAAGAUCGGCCUCAAAGCCAUGGAUAUCCAUGACACCAUAUGAGAAGGAUGCAUGUAUGCCUGACUUAAGUUUGCUUUUGAUUGAUGGAAAGAAAUUGGAAGACUUUUUGGAGACUGUCUUAUGGUGGAGUAAAGUUCUUGAUUUAAGUGACAGGAGCAGUGAAAGAAAUCCCGCAAUAGCAUUAGCACUCUACAACAGAUAUCUGAAGCUUUCAAAUCCAUGGUUGGUGAAGGAACCAGCAGCGUCAGUAGACAUCACCGAAAAGAGUAUGAUCAUUCAAUAUGAUGGUCCCAAGAUUGUUUGCUCCGAAUUCGGAAACGACAAUGUUUCAAGGUCAUUAUCCUAUGGAAAUUCAUGGAUGAAGUACCUUCCUUCAAUGGCAAAUCAGAUUCUGGGGAGCUAAAAUAACAUACUAUUUGUGGGAUUUUACCAUCAAAUUCCCUAUGUAAGGUUACUAAACAUAUACAUUGUAAAUUGUAUCCCAAUAUUUUCAGCAAAAGACAAGUCGUGUUUGAUGUUUCCAAAGUGCCGCAUGCCAACAAUGCUAUCCAGCAAAUCGAAUGAGCAUCGUAGCUAUGAUUUCUUAUUGCAGACGGCAAUUGAAGCCGGCCCCUUACCUUGUUGUGCACUGCUCUAUUCUAAUGUCCAUUGUUUUUAGUUAUCAAUGCAAGCAGGCCAGAAGAAUCUGUGAAAUAAAUAACUACUCACCAGGCUUUGUGCUUUGUAUAAGUCGAUGUUUUCCCAUGGAAGUUUUAGUUGCAACUUGCAUUGGUAAUCGAUAUCAGUUAAACAUAAACCAUUACACAGUCCAAGUCAAAGGCUCGAUUCACCAGGCGAUUCUGUUGAUUGUUCAUUUGUCAAGCUU